AAAAGUGAAAUAAUGCUUAAAGUUAACAUUAUAUAAAUUGAUUUUUUCAUAAUUUAAAAUGAAGACUACUCUAAUGGGUUAUUUUUAGUAAUUUUUAUAAUCCUUAAUAAUAUACUUAAUACAAAGUUCAGUCAUGAAACUCUAACCGAGCGCUGAUUGGUUCUUUCUACGCCAUGGCAUCAGCCAAUCGGGAGUAAUUCCAUAUCCACGUAACCAUAUAUAUCGUACCCUAGCCUGCGAUCGACAAGCUGCGCAAUGUGAAGCGCUGUUAUCCCUCCUCCUCCCCAGCGCCACCUGUAGAGAUCUGCUAUGGGGGUUCUACCAUUCUUGCAGCAGCCUCUUCCUUGUUGUUUUAUUUGACUAAGCUGAACAAUUUGUAUUUGCUCAGCAGCAACAGCAGCAGCAGCAGUAACUGCAGCAGCAGUAGCAGCAGCAACAGCAGCAGCGUAGCAGAUCUCGUACGCCAAAAUCAAGCCAUGUAUACUUCAUACCCCAUGCCAAUAAAUGCUGGUUGAAUUUAAUUCACUCCGAGAGUUGUCAUGAUUGAAAUAUUAAUAAAAACUUUUAAACACUAAAACAGCACUUGAUGCUAUUUAGAGAUUGUUUAUGGGCAAAGGCUCUAACAGGUUAGAAAACUGUGGCUAAACAUAUGGUGAGAUGUUGGCCCACAUGUGCUCAGUCGCCAUAUCUAGGCCAGGUGUGAUGUCAUCUGCCACAUUUGGCCCAAAAAUUUGUGCUAUUUGGGACAUCAUCCGUUAUUUUCGGUAACUGGUUUUCUGUUGUUGACAGUUUUUGCACGAUAUAAAACUUCACACAGCCUACUUAUAGGUGUUUCAGUCAUGUGCACGAGAGUCACGAUGAAGAUCUUCGUUCCGCUUUGUGUUCUUUAUUGGAUUUUGCCUUCAAUUCAAGCAGAGAGACACUCACUGUAUUACAUUUACACGGCCUUGUCUAAACCUGUGGAUCUGCCGGGCAUCUAUAAAUUCAGUGCUAUGGGUCUGCUGGACGGCACACAGAUCGACUAUUACAAUAGUGAAGAAAAGAAAAAGAUUCCCAAAAAGUCCUGGAUGAAAGAGAAAAUGCAGGAGGAUUACUGGGAAAAAGGCACUCAGUCCAGAAAGAGUAAAGAAUGGUGGUUUAAUAUCAAUGUCCACAUUCUGAUGUACCGCAUGAGACACUAUGAUUCAGAUCCUCAUGUUCUUCAGUGGAUAACUGGUUGUGAAGUUGAGCAGCAGGGAGAUGAAGUGAAGUUUUCCGGUGGCUUUUAUCAGUUCAGUUAUGAUGGAGAGGACUUCUUGUUUUUUGAUGUUAAAUCAUCUCGUUGGAUUGCCGCAUUUUCUAUAGCUGUACUAACCAAGAUAAAAUGGGACAAUAUUCCCACCCUAAACCAAUACAUAAAGCGCUACCUGGAGAAAGAGUGUGUGGACUGGCUCAACAAAUACAGAGAAUAUGGAGACGAGAAGCUCAGAAACGGCUCUCCUCCAGAUGUUCAUGUGUUUGCAGAAAGGUCUACCUGGGACAAAACCAUGCUGAAACUCACUUGUAUGGCCACUGGCUUCUACCCCAAAGACGUGAUGAUGACUAUUAGGAAAAAUCAUGAACCUCUGCCUGGAGAUGAAAUUGAUUACACAGAAAUCAGACCAAACCAGGAUGAAACCUUCCAGCUGAGCAAGAGUGUGGAGAUCAAAGAGGAGGAAAAGGAUGAAUAUGAUUGUUUUGUGACCCACAAGAGCAUCAAAGAGCCAAUUAUCGCCAAAUGUGAUGGUAAAUGCCCACCAAAUGCUGUUGCAGGGAUAAUUGGAGCAGUGAUUGGAGGUGUGCUUAUAGCACUUUCUUGCUUAUUCUUAACAAUCUACAUCUUAAAGAAGAGAACGAUUAAUGGACGAGAGUCACGAGACACUGCGGGUGCAUCAGACACCAGUGAAACUCACUGUUAUUGGGACAAUGUUAACCAAGAGUACGAGGACUCGAGAAACAGACUGUCAGCUGUGUCUACAGAAGCACUGAUACAACCAGACGACCUCUGAUACAAAGACAGAGGAAGAUUCGUGAAGAAGAUUGAGGAUGUCAACACUGAUACUCCAGACUAUUUCUACCAUUUCUUUUUAACGUCAACGAAUGAAAUGUCGACAUGAUCUAAUCCAUCUAUGUUUUAAACAUCGAUCUGAAUCUCAUCCAGCUGUAGUCUUUAAAAAAACAUUUAUCAGCUUCUUGUUUAAAAGCAGACACUCUGUUCUUUAUUUUUCAUAAAUUGUAUAAGUAUAUAUUGAUGUUCAUACAGUUUUGUGGAAAAUUAUCAAUAAUGCUGGAGCUGACUUUAACUGGCUGAGCAAGAGUUACUAUAAUGGUUUGCGUUGUACUGCUUUCACCUUUAUAAGACAAUAAAAUACAAAAAAUAGGCUAUAUUUUGUACCAAUUCUGGGUUUUCAAAUGAUGGUGCGGCUCAUUAGCACAUCUCAAAUAUUCCUUUCAUAGGCAAGAGAUCAAUGAAAAAGUUGUGUUCAUUUAGGUGAACAAUAUAAGAUCAAAUGGACACUUUGACAGUUUUCUAUCUGGUUUCCGACCGUAUCACAACACAGAGACAGUCACAACGCUCAUUAAGAUAAAUGAUAUUCGCUUAAAGGCAAAUUAUCAGUACUGGUGCUGCUUUUGACACUGCAGAUAAAAGAAUACUAGGCCUAUAUUAAAUCCAACAUGAAUUAAAACCAAUAUUAACUAAACCCAACGUCUAAAUAUAGCUAUAUUUUAAGGAAGAG